AUCGGGCUACCAUGACGGUUCGCAGCUUGACGAGUAAGAAGGUUCCAGCAAAGACAAAGCAAAAGCGGAAGCCUGGUGUCACGGUGAAGAGCAAACCCAAGGCCACGCAGCACAUUUUAUGGCGUGGCAAGCAGAUCACAGAGUUUGAAUCGCGAGUUUAUGAGCUCAUUUCAACGAUCCCGGCAGGCAAGGUGAGCACCUACGGCGGCGUGGCACAGGCACUUCGCUCUGGGCCACGAUGCGUCGGCCAAGCCUUACGCAAGAAUCCAUUCGCCCCCGAGGUUCCGUGUCACCGUGUUGUGGCUGCUACACUUGACAUCGGAGGCUUUCAAGGUGCAACGGGCGAAGAUUCGCCUUGUAUCCAGAGAAAACGGACGCUGUUGGCAAAGGAAGGAGUGCACUUCACGAAGGAGCACAAGAUCGAUUCUGCUUGUCUUCAUGAGUUCGAAUAAGCUGCAUACCCAAGAACUUCGGAGUAAACGCGGUCUAGCCAUUCGAAUAUUCGCAACAUCUCAAAAGUAUUUUCAACUCACGUCUGUCUUUAUUCUAAAAUGUAUCAUUCGGCUGCAAGUAUCUCCACUGUCCUACCGGCAGCGAGCCAAGCUUCACGCCGCCAAUACGCACACGUUUGAGUGCCAUCACACGCAGGCCGACAUGCUCGCACAUGCGGCGAAUGUGUCGAUUUUUGCCCUCCGUAAGUACCACUCGCAGUUGGUUCGCGUUCAGUAUCUCCACCGACUUGGCACGAUACGUGAUACCCUCGUCCGACGUGACACCGGCUUGCAAUACCUCAAUUUUUCUGCGUAUCUUGUCUGUCAAUGGGUCCAAGUUAAGAUCUACACGCACGAGGUAUUCCUUCUCGAUGCCGCCCUUUGGGUCCAGCAACUUCUUCGCCACUGUCCCGUCCUGCGUGAAUAGCAGCAAUCCCGUCGAGUUGACGUCCAGACGGCCGCAGACGGCCAUUUUCCACAGAGCCACAGGCUCUACGUUCUGGCGAGGCUUGACACGACUCAGCUCUUGGCAUUCGUUCUCGAACGUGAGCAAUCGGACGGCUGGAGUCUUGUUA